AUGGACCCUCGGCCUAGUCCAAUCAAUUGGGUUAUAGGUCAGAUGCCACACCCACCUGGCGUGCAGAGACGUGCUGCGAUCGAAUCGUCCACUGCAGCCGGCGAAACCGACAUCGAGCUCAGAUCUGCCAGCCUCACAAAGCGGGACAGCGAGUGGGGUUUGGUUUGCAAGUACCAGGAGUCUGGAGAUCAGCCGAUGAGGGAAGACGAAAAAAUGACUCGUUUAUGCAUCGACCCGCCGUACGGCUACAAUUGCGACAAGAGAGGCCAGCGCACUCGAUCUGGGAAACAGAGUGGUACUUGUGAUGAUCAGUGCUUCUGUCGCAACAUGAACCCAAAGCCACGCGUCUUGGGCUGGGUUUACGAUCAGGUGCCUGCGAGUGGCUCCUGGCGUAAGCUUGUCAAAGCGAUCUUUGGUAUCAGUGACGGAAAAGUCGACAACAAUACUAUUGCCGAUGGCGGCAGAUCAGAAAUGAUGGAUGCCGACAAGGACAACUCAGCCAAUGUGGCCGCUAUUCCUCAGCAAGCCAAUAGCACAAGUCGACCUGGAGCCGAAGCCCACAUCGAGAGCGACGACAAGGCCACAACCACGUACGAUGGCCAGCAAGAGCAAACUUCGCCGCGUUUCGAACCAUCUUCCGGUGGAGUCGAACUAAUGACGAGACACGAAUACGCUGUGGUGUGCGAACUUGACGGUCAGCGAGACUCAAAGGUCACCGAGGCCUGCCGCCGUCCUCCUCGUGUAUACAGCUGCGAUGCUAAUGGUCGACUCUCGAAGCGAAAAUACGACUACUAUUGCGAUCAGCACUGUGCGUGUCAGGACAUGAAUCCGAAGCCACUCCGCGUCGACGUCCCGAUGGGCUCUAUUCCUAAUCCGUGCCAUUUCUGCAAGCGAGACGCUGAUGAUGACGGGGAUCGGGAGUCGUCUCCAGGGGGCACAGAGCUUAUGGACGGAGAUGUGGUCGAUGGUGAGAAGACCUCAUUCGAUGUUGUCUGGGUUCUGGAUUGCAGCUACCAAGAUGGUACGCAGGACCUGGCGCUCGUCCGACAGUGCCAUCUCGAGCGGAACGUCUCAUGCAGUGCGGACGGGCAGCUCCAAUCGGAGCAACCGUCGGUUGACGGACGGUGUGCAGCGGUGUGCUUCUGCUAUCAGCGGCCAGUCUGA